AAGCGCGCCAAACGAACGACAUGUCGCAUUCAACAGCAGCGGUAAAUAAGACAUUGUUUGCGAGCCAUGGAGGGUGGUCAAUGGCACAUCUCAGAAUCUCGAGCAGGCUGUCAGCUGUCAAUUCCGCCGCCAUGACUGGCCGAUCAGCCCCUCUACUGUGCCUCGCCCGCACCUACGCCGCGGUCGCAACAUCACCCGUAUCGACACCAGCAGUGUGCUCCGCGCGUGUCGCAUUCCGUCGGCCCAUUCAGCAGUAUCAUUGCGGACGUCGGUACAACCUUGCCCUGAGCUCCUCAACCGGCUCGUACCCGAUCCUUACACCAAUCUCACGCCGCUCUUUCUCGACGCCCAAGGGAGACGGCAAUAAGGGUCUUCAAAGGGAACAAUCGCAACCAGGGGCAUCUGAUACGGGAGCUAUCACGCAGAGUGCCAAUGUUGCAAGCCAGAAGGCAAGCAUUAUUGGUGACAAGGUUCGCUCCUUGACACCUCGCGAGCAGAUAUACAACAUCCCGAACAUCCUUACCGCCUCCCGUUUGAUCGCUGCACCUUUUGUUGGAUACCUGGUGUUGCACGAGCAGCACAAAUGGGCGCUUGCUCUGUUCGCCUAUGCAGGUAUCACAGAUCUGGUUGACGGAUGGAUUGCUCGCAAGUACAAGCUGCAGACUGUUGUUGGCAGUGUCAUUGAUCCCAUGGCCGAUAAGUUCUUGAUGACCAUCUUGACCGUCACCCUGUCCAUGAACGGUCUCUUGCCAGUCUCAUUGGCUACACUCAUCCUGGGACGUGAUGUGUCUCUUGCGGUGGCUGCUCUUUAUUGGAGAUAUGCGUCUCUGCCCGCGCCCAAGACCUUCAAGCGCUACUGGGACUUCUCCCUGCCAUCCGCUGAGGUACAUCCAACCACUAUGAGCAAGUACAACACGUUCCUGCAAUUACUGCUCAUUGGCGCCACUCUGGCGUACCCUGUCAUCACGGCAGACAACCACCACAUGGGUAUCAUGCAUGAUAUUGGUCUCGAGAAGCUCGACCUCGCUCAGUUUAUGACCUACUUCCAGAUUGUUGUGGCCGCCACCACAGCGUGGAGUGGACUUAGCUAUGCCUUCCUCAAAGAUGCUGUCAAGAUUUUGGGCAAGGAUGAGCAGCUGAAGCUUAAGCAAGGAAGAAGAGGUAGAGCCAUCAUUGGCGUGACAUUCGGUAGUGUUGUUGCUGCCGCUGCAUACUUGGCUCUGACAAAGGACUUGCCCAAGAAGAAGGAAGAGGGCGUUGUUGCCUAAGUCGACAGAAACGAGAAAGCUCGAGGACCAAGUAAGAAGUAAAGGGCAUUCCCACUCAAAAGGGUUUCAAUAUCGCAUACUAUACCAGCAUUUUGGAUAUCAUAGCUUGAUGACUUCUUUUUCUAAUUCCGCGGUUGCUGUUCUGGAGGCUCAAGGUCUUCCUUGCGUUGCGAGUCUUUCCUUUCCAUCUUCAUUUACCUGUCCUUGGUGGUUCCUGCGCUGCACUGGCUUGCUCGUUCUCUCCAUCUGUACAAUCUUGGCUUGGCGUCUGUUGUCUUCUAUUUCUUCCCAUUCUUGCUUCCCUGGACCUGUCUCCAUUAUUGUAUCCAUCGUCCCUC